GUUCUCUCAAUGGUGUUUGCUCUGAGGGUGGGACACAAGGCUGUUUAGUGUCUCGUAAAACAUUUACCAAAAGCACUGAGCCAUGGUUUUGAAGGGCAUUCCGUUGCCAGAGUGUGGGAGGAGAGCGAGCCGGGGAAAGGAGAGCUCCAGGUGUUUGGCAGGUCUCCGCCAGCCGUGGAUGCCUUUGACACCAUGACCGCAGAGGACGCCGCCGCAGCCAUGAGCAGCGACUCCGCGGCGGGCGGCGCGGCCUCGGCCAAGGCGCCCGAGGGCGUGGCCGGGGCGCCCAACGAGGCGGCGCUGCUGGCGCUGCUGGCGCGCACGGGCUACCGCAUGGUGCAGGAGAACGGGCAGCGCAAGUACGGCGGCCCGCCGCCCGGCUGGGAGGGCCCGCACCCGCAGCGCGGCUGCGAGGUCUUCGUGGGCAAGAUCCCGCGCGACGUGUACGAGGACGAGCUGGUGCCCGUGUUCGAGGCGGUGGGCCGCAUCUACGAGCUGCGCCUCAUGAUGGACUUCGACGGCAAGAACCGCGGCUACGCCUUCGUCACGUACUGCCACAAGGGCGAGGCCAAGCGCGCCGUGCGCGAGCUCAACAACCACGAGAUCCGCCCGGGCCGCCUGCUCGGCGUGUGCUGCAGCGUGGACAACUGCCGCCUCUUCAUCGGCGGCAUCCCCAAGAUGAAGAAGCGCGAGGAGAUCCUGGAGGAGAUCGCCAAGGUCACCGAGGGCGUGCUGGACGUCAUCGUCUACGCCAGCGCGGCCGACAAGAUGAAGAACCGCGGCUUCGCCUUCGUCGAGUACGAGAGCCACCGCGCCGCCGCCAUGGCGCGCCGCAAGCUCAUGCCCGGCCGCAUCCAGCUGUGGGGCCACCAGAUCGCCGUGGACUGGGCCGAGCCCGAGAUCGACGUGGACGAGGACGUCAUGGAGACCGUGAAGAUCCUCUACGUGCGCAACCUCAUGAUCGAGACCACCGAGGACACCAUCAAGAAGAGCUUCGGCCAGUUCAACCCGGGCUGCGUGGAGCGCGUCAAGAAGAUCCGCGACUACGCCUUCGUGCACUUCGCCAGCCGCGAGGACGCGGUGCUCGCCAUGAACAGCCUCAACGGCACCGAGCUGGAGGGCUCGUGCCUCGAGGUGACGCUGGCCAAGCCCGUGGACAAGGAGCAGUACUCGCGCUACCAGAAGGCGGCCAAGGGCGGCGGCGCGGCCGAGGCGGCGGCGCCGCAGCCGGGCUACGUGUACUCCUGCGACCCCUACACGCUGGCCUACUACGGCUACCCCUACAACGCGCUCAUCGGGCCCAACAGAGACUACUUUGUGAAAGCAGGCAGCAUAAGAGGCCGGGGUCGAGGUGCAGCUGGCAGCAGAGCCCCAGGGCCCAGGGGUUCCUACCUUGGGGGAUAUUCAGCUGGCCGUGGUAUUUAUAGCCGAUAUCACGAAGGAAAAGGAAAGCAGCAAGAAAAAGGAUAUGAACUUGUACCGAAUUUGGAAAUCUCUGCCGUCAAUCCAGUUGCCAUUAAACCUGGUACAGUGGCCAUCCCUGCCAUUGGGGCCCAGUAUUCCAUGUUCCAGGCAGCGCCAGCCCCUAAAAUGAUCGAGGAUGGGAAAAUCCACACAAUGGAGCACAUGAUCAGCCCCAUCGCCGUGCAGCCAGACCCAGCCAGUGCCGCCGCCGCUGCCGCCGCCGCCGCCGCCGCUGCCGUCAUCCCUGCCGUGUCCACGCCGCCACCUUUCCAGGGCCGGCCCAUCACUCCGGUGUACACGGUGGCGCCCAACGUGCAGCGGAUUCCCGCGGCCGGGCUCUACGGGGCCGGGUACGUCCCGUUCGCGGCGCCCGCCACCGCCACGCUCGCCACACUACAGAAGAACGCGGCGGCCGCCGCCGUGUACGGGGGCUACGCGGGCUACAUACCUCAGGCCUUCCCCGCCGCCACCAUCCAGGUGCCGAUCCACGACGUCUACCCGACGUACUGACCCGGCGGGGCGCGCGGAGGCCGCGGAGGCCGCGGAGGCCGCGGAGGCCGGGCCCAGCCACCCCGCCGCGGGACACUGUGCUAUUUAUGAAGAACCAACGUGCCGCAGGAGCACGCCUCGGAAACCCGAAAGUGAAGAAUGUUGUCAGACAUCAUCCUGAAAAGAUUUUAUAUUCAUGAAGUUUUCACUAGUUUUGUUGUCGUUGUCGUUUUGUCUUUUCGUUUUUGUUUUUUUAAGACUAUUUUCAACGUAGCGG